UCCAGUAAGAGCAGGAAUCAGAUAACAGACAAUCAGAGACAUCAGCGGCUCUGGAGGACGAGGAGGAGGAGAGGACCCCCCAGGACCAGGACCCCCCCACCUCUGGAGAGACCGCGGAGGACCCGGACCCCCCCCAGGACCAGGACCCCCUCAGGAUCCGGGGACCCCCCACCCCUGGAGCAGGACUAGGCGGACCAGGACCCCCCCCAGGACCAGGACCAGGACCAGGACCCCCCCUGCACCUCCGCAGAGCCGCGGCUCCAUCCUGGAGCUCCGGGAGCGCAGCUUUUACGCACCUGAGCUGGAGUUUGGAGGAGUUUGGAGGAGUUUGGAGCAAGAGUCCGCGGCGCGGCGGGGAGACCGGUUCCGGUCCCGGUUCCGUCCCGGUUUGGUCCCAGUCUGGUCCCAGUUCGGCUCGGUUCUCCUCCGGCUGCUGAAGGAACUGGAAUCUCCGGCUGCAGCUUUUACGCACCAAAGGAGGAGAGUCUGGGGGUCUGAAGGGACCAGAGCGGGUCCUCCGUGGGGGGGAAGGAACCUCUGGGCCCCCAGACCCGGACCCGGACCAGGACCAUGUACCAGACCUUGUCCUCCCCCCAGCCCGCCUACGGCCACGACGCGGGGCCCUACCUGCCCCCCCCGGCCCGGGUCCCCAUGCUGGCCUACCUGGGGCCCUGCGACCCCCCGGGCCGGGCCCCCCAGGCCUGGCCCCACGGGGCCGGGGACGGGUUCCCCUACGCGCCCAGCCCGCCGGGGGGGCCCGGCGGCUACCAGGGCGCGCUGGGGCCGCGCCAGGACCAGUACGGGGGGGCCCAGUACGGGGGGGCCCUGGUCCAGGUCCCGGGCUCCUACCCCGGCCCCCCCUACGCCUACGUGGGCCCCGACGUGCCGUCAGCGUGGCCCCCCCAGGGGGGAGGGGGGGUCAGCCUGCAGGGGCUGCAGGGCCGGAGACCCGGGCUGGAGCUGCUGGAGGACGGCCCCCCCCCCGAGGGACGUGAGUGCGUCAACUGUGGGUCCGUGUCCACGCCGCUGUGGCGCCGCGACGGGACGGGACACUAUCUGUGCAACGCCUGCGGACUGUACCACCGGAUGAACGGGGUGAACCGGCCCCUGAUCCGGCCCAACAAACGGGGGCAGACCCCGACCCGGCGGUCCGGCCUGGUCUGCUCCAACUGCAGCACCAGCACCACCACACUGUGGCGCCGCAGCGCGGCGGGGGAGCCGGUCUGCAACGCCUGUGGACUGUACACCAAGCUGCACGGGGUCCCCAGGCCUCUGGCCAUGAAGAAGGAAAGUAUCCAGACCAGGAAGAGGAAACCCAAGACGACCAAAACGAAAACCUCCACAGGUCCCGUGGUCCCGGACUCCGGCCCCCCGUCCUCCCUGUCAGAGUCCAGCAAGAGAGAACCCAACACGGCGCCGUCCCCCUUCGCCGGCCAGACCGCCACCCAGGUUCCUCAGCUGGACGUCAAGUACGAGGACUACGUCUUCACGCCGACCCCCAUGGCCCCCCAGGAGUCCUGGUGCCCCCUGUCCCAGACCUAGACCUGACCCGGGUCAGGACUCUGGACUCCAUGCCCCCCAGGAGUCCUGGUGCCCCCUUUCCCAGGCCUAGACCUGCAGAACCCGGGUCAGGCCUAGACCUGACCCGGGUCAGGACUCUAGACCUAACCCGGGUC